GGCAAAUAGGUUUUGCAACGCAUUAACCAGCGAAGCUUUUCCUGAUGAAAGCAAGGUUCAGCCGGCAUUGAACUUUCGGCUUUGGCAAGUUCUGUGAAUGUUAGUUUGUUUGACUUAGUGGGGUGACGUCCGUUGCAAGACGUAUGUAAUCGCAAGAGAAUGUCUUUCGGGCCGCCGCGAGACCUCGUUGCUUGUGCGAAUUCGCGCAUACUGUUGUUCUCCUAUAUGUAAGGCCCUCCCGUACCCCACUGCGAACAUUACGACUUGAAGAACAUAAAUCUGUGCAACAUUUUGUUUUGGAGUGCGGUCUCACGCCGCCUUAGCUGGAUCAUCCGGGGGAAUUACCCGGACGCUAACUUGCAGCCGGUCGGCACCGGCAGCUUGAGUCUGUCAGCACACUCCUACGGCAUUACCGAGCAGGUGCUGCAGCAAUGGCGAUAAAGAACACGUUAACUGGAAGUGGCCUUCUGGUGUUGCUGACUCUAGCAUGUGGAACGACGGUGCAGUCUAGUCCGCCAACGCCUGCUCCACGGAUGUAUCCGAACAUGAAUGAGCGUCCGCUAAGCGCUGAGAGCAGACUCACUCCUGGGACAUACAGGAGUGAACUUCACAUCGACCUGAAAUCUCCACAGAAAACUGCUUCUCAGAGUUCUCUAGCACCUACAGGUGACAACAACAGCAAAGUGGAGAGCAUCAUUGCCGGGUCCGAUACAACACCCAGAUCAGCCGAAGGUACGUCUGAGAGCCCACCAGUACCACAACUUGGAACGCCGCCAAGACCCGCACCUCGCCGGUCGAAGGGCGAAGGCGAGAGACAACCUCCUACUGCUGCUCCUCGGACUUCACGUUCGGUGGAUACCGGUUCUGGGAGCGACGCCAGUACCGAACAACAAGCAGGAGGGCAGAAGGUGGUCACGCCGAUCCCCGCGUCAAAGGGAAUCUACCCCAGCUUGGAUGAAUUGCGGCGGAGCCAGGAGAGCAACGUGGAUGCUGGGUCUGGUACCUCCACAAAUGAGGGCGGAGGCACGUCUGAGGGCCCACAAGUGCCGCAAUCUGGAAUACCACCAAGGACUGGACGUCGCCGAGCCAAGGCCAGGAACAGGAAGCGACAUCCCACUCCAGCAUCUCGUGAGUCCAGCAGCGAAGAUGAGAAUCAACCUCCUACUACUGCCUCUCGCCCGUCCAAUGGCGAGGGUGAGAGUCAGCCUCCUACUGCUGCUCCUCGGACUUCACGUUCGGUGGAUACCGGUUCUGGGAGCGACGCCAGUACCGAACAACAAGCAGGAGGGCAGAAGGUGGUCACGCCGAUCCCCGCGUCAAAGGGAAUCUACCCCAACUUGGAUGAACUUCGACAAACUCAGGAAGGUGAAGAAUCAGCCCCUCAACCAGCUGAUGUAACCUGGUUUUCAAUGAGCGUGCCUAUGGGUGUCGUCGAUCGCCGGGUUUCUCGUGCUUUGAAAGAGCAGUUCUUUCAAUUUCUUCAGCAUCUAUCGGCGGACUAUCCCAAGCAGGUGCAGACGGUGUACGAGUUCCUCGGCUGGGUUGCUGACAAAUUACCAGAGAACGAAGAAGAAGUUCAGAUGUUUAUUGACGCCCUUAACACAACUGAAGCUAUGGUGGGCAAGGCCGCCCGGUGGAUCUUCAAGGCAAUACCUGAACGGGAACGCGAAACCAUUUACUCAUCUUUCUACCAAAUGUUCCGCGACAAGCUACCAAAGAAGUUCUUCGAAACCGCAGAAGGAAUGAAUCCGGAUGUCGGUCAAUAUUUUAGUGCUGAGGAACCGGUUGCAGUUACUCCAGAAAUUCCUGCAAAAAGUGAGGAAGACUCGGAGGCUGCAGAAACUCCCACACCUCUAAGACGUCAGGCGAAUGUGGCUGCUCAAGUUCUCCAUCCACUUCCCGCGAAAGGAGUCACGCGGCGUGAGUGGAUUCCUUGGCCGAAAAUGCAAAACGCUAUCUCGAAAGCCCAUGGACCUCUGACGCGGGUACCGGAGUGGACACCAGUCACGGGCAGCUGUGCUCUAGGUGAUGGUUACACGGAUAUCGAUGUGACAAAGGCGACAACGGACGUGCUGUUCCGCAUCACUCUCUUAAUUCUCCAGCAAAUAAGGAGAAAGAAAACAGAAAGGGGCAAACUGGAAGAUGAUCAGGCUCUCGUGGCUCUCUGCUCAGCCGCUGGGGCUUUCGUCGAUGCAUGGCAACAUCAGCAGCAGGCACUUAUCCUAGAGGACCCAGGCACACCCAAGGCGCACGCCCAAUUGAUUGAGCGCCUCCGCAAUGCGGGAAAAUACUUCAUGAAAUCCUACGACGAAACGACUGGAGAGAGCGACCAUCAACAGUGGAAAAAAAACAAAGCAGAAGUUUCGAAGCUUGGCAAGAGUGCUCUGAUGAAGUCCUGCGUGAAAUACAUAAAGGCAUCCGGCGAUGUCGCGACUCGACCCUUCGACUCAGGAACGGCGAAAUAUCCCUCUCGAUCACUCUAUGGCGGAAUCGCCAACACUCUGGAAACGCCAUUUGCCGACUCUGAAGCGGUGGCGAAAGCUGUGCAUGACUACGCGAAAGAGCACAAGAAGCCUGAGAAACUUGUAGGCCUCUGCGGGGCUCUCCAAAUCUCAGGAUACUUCAAGAAGUGCUUUUCUGACGCUGGCCGCCUCUCCUCGGUCAGUUUUUUCCACCAGCAUGUUGACGGGGCCAGCGUUCUCGUCCGAACACUCGCGCGCGAAAGGCCAAUCGGGAGGCAUGCUCUAUCCCAGGCCAUCUGCGAUCCGAACAUCUCGGCCCAGUAUUUUGAGGGCGCGUUUCGACUGUUCUCGUCUACGGUAUCCCAAGAGUGGGAGAAAGAAAACUUGUUUGCCCAGCUGGCGUCCUGGACAGGAAAGGAAAUGGUCCUUGCUCCGUCCCUUGAGGAGCAAGCUGCUGUUCCUCCUGCGCAGCCCGCGUACGAGACGGUUUACGGAGACGAGGAAGACCGGAUCUACCGCAUUCACGUUUCAGGCCGCCACUCAUCGCCUCAGGAAGUGCUCUACGUGGGAGGCAUUCCAUCGACAGUGAAGCCUCAGCAAGUCCACGUGCUGGGGCCGACUGUCUCUGACGAAUCGAGACGAGUGAUCCAUCCCGUUCGCCAUCGGUCUCGCACAGCGCCGUCAUCGGAAGCCGCAAGUGCAGCAGCAGAGAGCUCAGACGAAGAUCCUUUACCUGCUGAAAAUGCCACAGCUUUUCUCGGCGUAACACCCCAGGAGGAAGAGUCCGAUGCGUAUAAACACACGCUCGAUUUCGAUGCGGUGUCUCCACGCAAGAACAAAAACAAAGAGAACAGGAUCUCAGCUCCGCUCAAGCAGAGCGACACUUUGAUCGAAGAGAGUACCAGCAAAACUAGCGAGCUUUAAGGACGCAGCAGCAGAGGAUCGCUCAACGGCGACCCACCCUGUUUUGAGACCACUGCUUUUGGGCAAAUCCGGUCAAGCGACACCCGUGGUCCGUCCCGCAGCCCUCGCGCAUCCCCCCCGUCUUCGUCCUCUCCCCGCCGUUGUCGACACGCCACUGAGCGCGUCUUUCUUUCCUGUUCCUUCGCUCUUCUCUCUCUUCUUCGCUUCCGAGGCAAACGCCGAAACCUUCUUGUCCUUUUCGCCCACUCUUCUGCCCACUCGACUCGGGACCGCCUCUUGUCGAGGCAUUUCCACGCGACCCGAAGCCGACGAAGCUCUGCGGGUCUUGUCUUUCGAGUCACGCACUUCGUCAGAGAGGUGGCCGGGGCACUCCGCAUUUGCCGCCUUGUUUCGCCUUACAGUCGAGGAAAGGGAAGAAGCCGCGGUUGGGACGCCCCCCAGAGCUUGGACCCGCGUAGAGCGGCGCAUGCCCCCGCGGCACGAAGCUGGCAAAGACAGCGUCACAGACAGAAAUAAUCUUGCUCAGAGGUCGCGAAAAGAAACAGCGAGAAACAAGAACGGAGGACAAGAGAAACGACAAGCGUCCGCCGAGGAGGCCGCUGCAGGACAACAGGGCUGGGAUGAGGAAUCAAGAGAACUAACCCGGAGGUAUCGAACAGUCUCUGCCGAGCGCUUCGGCCGAGUCGAUGUGCGUACGAACCAAUAGUUCUCAUCGUGCACCCGCGGAUCUGUCCACCUCUUCUUAGUGGAAAGCACUACUACGGUUGUCUGGACAAGACAACGGCGAAACGGAGGAGCACGAUCCAAAUACAGCUCACUGCAUGAGUUGCGUUGAUAUGUUUUGUUCUCCGACUUUGCUCGGAUUGUAGUCACUGUUUUAAAAACCUUGAGUCAAACAUGUAGGCGCCUUUGUGCACCUAAGUUUCCUUGCUUUGUGUUUAGGAGACAUUUGAGAUCAUGAAGAACGCGGUAGACUCGAAACCGAAUUUUUUUUACGCCCCUU